GCUCUCAGCCUUCUUGAUUUCGAGGCUCAUCGACCAACCCUCCAAGGACACCAUUAAUUUCUAAUUUUUGUGCAUACUCUUGGUUUCAAUCAUGGAGGUUUUAGUGCUUGUUGUACUUAUCUUGGCCAUGACUGGUUACUCAAGUGCAAACUGGUGUGUUUGUAGGAGUGAUGUGAGUGAUACAGCUUCUCAGAAGGCCUUAGAUUAUGCUUGUGGAGCUGGUGCAGACUGCUCACCCAUCCUCCAAAAUGGGGCUUGCUACCAGCCUAACACUGUAAAGGCCCAUUGCUCUUAUGCUGUCAACAGCUACUUCCAGAGGAAGAGUCAAGGUCUAGGGACCUGUGAUUUUUCUGGCGCUGCUCAAGCUGUCACAACUGACCCAAGUCCUGGUGGCUCUUGUUUGUUUCCUGCAACCCCAAGUGCUGCAGGAACCAGUAAUUCAACCCCAUCAACAGGAACAACACCAACCACCACAACCCCAUCUACGACUCCGACUACAGGAACUACACCUACAACCAGCACAGGCACAACUCCUUCUACUACCACUGGAGGUAUCAUAGGAGGGAUUGGCUCUGGUUUAGGUCCCUCAAGUUCUUCUGGCAUCAACACAGAUACCAAUGAUGGUGGUCAAGCCUUUCAACACAACAACUUAUUCUCCCUUUUGUUGCUAGCCCUUUGGUUCUCUGGCCUCCUUUUCUUGUGGGGUUGAAGAAAUGACAAAGGUAGUUCUUUCUUGAUAGGUGGAUGAGAUGUUGCUGCUGCAGCAAAGAUGGUAUGCAUGUGAUUAUACACUGGUGAGCAAAGGGAAUCAUCUAGAGACAUUCCCCA